AUGGAGAGCCAUUUGCAGAAGUGCGGAUCUGUCAAACGAGCGAAAAACACGAAAGGAAACGAGAAAGACGACAUGGCAGCGCUUGCUGCCAGGGCUCUCCAAGGAUUCCUCGCCGGGUUCUCCGAAGGGUUCUCUGUGGUGUUCUGGAAAGCUCCAUACGCCUCGGGGCCUCAGACCUUCAUGCGUCUCCCAGCGGCAGAGUCCACCCACACCUCCACCCACCACACCACCACUACCAUGAGCUGUGAUCGGGAGUUUGGAGACGGGGCCAUGGGAGUCACGCUCACACUGCGCCUUCUCAUGCACGGAAAGGAAGUGGGAAGCAUUAUCGGCAAGAAAGGGGAAACAGUGAAGAGAAUACGAGAAGAGAGCAGCGCGAGGAUCAACAUCUCAGAGGGCUCCUGUCCGGAGAGGAUCAUCACCAUCACAGGGCCGACGGACUGCGUGUUCAGAGCCUUCACUAUGAUCACAUUCAAACUGGAGGAGGACCUGGCAGCCUUGGUGGCCAACGGCACAGUGACCAGCAAGCCUCCAGUCACCUUGCGGUUGGUGAUCCCGGCCAGCCAGUGCGGCUCUCUCAUCGGCAAAGGCGGAUCUAAGAUCAAGGAAAUCAGAGAGACGACAGGAGCCCAGGUGCAGGUGGCAGGUGACCUCCUCCCGAACUCCACAGAGAGAGAGGUGACGAUAUCAGGGAGCCAGGAUGCCAUCAUCCAGUGUGUUAAACUCAUCUGCACUGUCAUCUUAGAGUCGCCGCCGAAGGGAGCAACUAUUCCAUACCGACCCAGCCCGACCCCGGGAACCGUGCUGCUGGCAGGAAACCAGGUGUUCGAGGCGUCAGACUUCGGCUCUCACCCCCUGUUCUCAGUGGCACAGGGAGGAGUGGACCUGCAGCAAACAUAUGCAGUACAAAGCCACUACGGCAUUCCACACUCAGAGUUAGCGAAACUCCACCAGUUGUCGAUGCAGCAACAAGGCCUGGCACCCAUCAGCCAAUCAGCUACACAAGUUCUGCCUGGGGUGGAAGCCAACUCACAAACCACGUCUCAGGAGCUCCUCAUUCCAAACGAUCUGAUUGGCUCAAUCAUCGGUCGCCAAGGCACCAAGAUAAAUGAGAUCCGGCAGGUGUCGGGGGCUCAGAUCAAGAUCGGCAGUCAGAUCGACAGCACCAGCGACCGCCACGUCACCAUCACCGGCACGCCGAUAGCCAUCAACCUGGCCCAGUACCUAAUCACUUCAUGUUUAGAGACCGCCAAAUCCACCGCCCAGUCCUCCUCCAUGCCGUCUCCCGUUGACCUGACCAUGAGCUUCACCCAGCCCGCCCCCCCUGCCUCUGCCUCGUCCUCCUCCUCCUCCCCCCUGGCAGCGAUGGGCGCCACACUGUCCCACGCUCCCAUCCUGGGCGCUCCCUACGCCCUCCCACUCUCCAGCCUCCUGGGAGUGAAAUCCAUCCCCUACCUGGCACUCUCCACCCCUCCCGCCUCAGCAGCAGCGGCGGCGGCAGCGGCGGCGGCCAUCGGGGCUCAUGCGGCGGCAGCUCUGGCGUCCUACACGGCCAAGAUCUCAUCCUCAGCCAACGGGAUGAAGAAGCCAGAGAGACAGAAGUUUGCUCCGUACUAA